AUGCCAGUCUAUACGGGAUCGUGUAUUUGUCGUAAAAUCGAGUACGAGCUGAAGCUGGCGUCUCCGGAUGAUGCUCGGACCUCACUUUGCCACUGUCGAAACUGCAAGAAAGCGUUUGGGACCAACUAUGGCCUGACUGCAAAGGUUCCGAAAGACGCCUUUUCCUACACACGGGGAAAUCCCAAGGAGCAUGCUGCGGACAAUGGGUCGGGGGCUAUUAUCUAUCGCGAGUUUUGCGAUACCUGUGGAAGCUUUAUUCUGGAAUAUGGGGAAAUGGCCAAAGAUCAGUUCCGGUAUGUUGCUGUUGGGUCCCUCGACGACCCAGAGGCGUUGCCUCCGAAGGGGGAGUUCUUCUGCAAGGCGCGGGCCAGCUGGAUGCCGGAGAUCCCCAGUGAGUACAAUACGAAUUACGAGCUUCCAAACUCAAGUCUAAUCAAAGCAGACGUGUUUCAUAAACAGGAAGUCAAGCAGUAG